UGGACGGCCCCGCCAUGGAUUACUUCCUCAUAGAGAUGGUGCAGACACUCUCGGUGUCCUCAGCGGUCGCCACUGCGCGAGUGAAGAAGAUCGAACAGGAGAUGAUCGAGGCGGGGUUGAUGCCUGCGCCGCCGCCAGUACCGGCGAAGAAGGAGAAGGAGUACAAUGUGCGGGAUUCGACGACAAGUCUAUCCUCGGCGAAGGGGGCUAAGGCAGAGCCGUUAACCGAGGAAGAGGAAGCACUGAGGUUACGCUUAGAGGCGGUCGGCUUGCAUGUUGGGUCGAACAUAUGCGAACGCUUAUGUAGGGAUAGACCCCUGUUCUCCGAUACCUUAGAUAUGAUCAAGUUCAUCUGCAAAGACCUCUGGGUCGCUUGCUGGGACAAGCAAGUCGACAACCUCCGGACAAACCAUCGCGGCGUGUAUGUUCUGCAAGACAAUUCCUUCAAGCCAAUCUCUCGCAUCUCGUCCUGGGAAGGAAGGGCGGAUGCUACCAAGCGGGCGCGAAUGUAUGUGGCCAUGCCCGCUGGAAUCAUUAAAGGGGCACUCUCAAGGUUAGGGUUACAAGCCACAGUGGUACCUGAGAUAACUUCGCUGCCGCAAUGUACAUUCCAAGUUAAACUACCCAAAGGUUCAUAGCGACCUGCUGGCCGAGACGAUUGGUCUAGUGCCGUUCGAGACUUCACAGGGGCUCUCCGGGAUGGGCCAGGGGAGGCCCUGAGUGGUGGAGAGACACAAGUGCGGUAAAGACGCAGACUUGCUGCAUAAAGACAGACGGGAAAGGCGGUUGUGUUGUCGACCUUCCAGCCAUCGUGAUGCGAUGGAUGCGAUGCGAGGAGUCUUCAUUGGAGUCCCCUUUGCUGCCCUGCGAAGCAGAAACAAUGCCCAUCAGGGAAAAUUCGGACGAUGGCCAUGGCAGAUAGACGCUUUGUACUGGCAAUGACUACGUGCUAUAGGGAAUAUAUGCUACAAUAGCGCACAGUAAUGUGG